AUGACGGCAACCCUUACAUCUGCGCAACUGGCAGAGCUGACAGCAGAACCUGUAAUUGGAAGUUGGGCAGAAGCUGUUGAACAAGAAACUUUGGGAAGUCGUUCUGAAGGAACCAAAGAUGGAAUCAAAACUGUUACUGGUAUUGUAUCAGAUGAGAGUGGGAAAUACAAGGUUAUUACUACCUAUAAAUUAGUGACGAAAAAAGUACCUCGGGCCGUAGCAGAACGGAAAAAGUGGAAAAAGUUUGGCGCUUGUGAAAAGGAGGGCGCUGGACCGCAAGUCGCCACAACAUUUGUAGCCGAAGAAGUUCAAAUGCAGUUUGUGCGCAAUCGUUUCGGAGAGCAACAACUAGAUGCAGGCGAGGAGACGUCAAAGAUUAGCGCUGCAAAGGCGACUUCAAUAAAGCAUUGUCGGUAUUGCAAGUCUGACGACCACUGGUCGGUUGAAUGUCCCUACAAAGCUAUGUAUGUUAGACAUGAGGAAGAAAAUGCGCUCGAAGCAGGUGAAAAAGAUUCGAGGACUGCUGCAGCAGGUACUCCAAAAGCAGGUGUGUAUGUCCCUCCUGGGGCUAGAGACGGCCGAGUUCUAACAGGAGGUACUACGAGAUCGGAAGAAAAUACAUGCAGAGUUACUAACCUUCCAGAAGAAUGUGACGAACAAGAACUUCGACAUCUGUUUAGCCAAGUGGGGUCUGUUACACGUGUUUUUAUUGCUAAAGACAAACAUACUAGUCGGUCGAAAGGCUUUGCAUUUGUAACUUAUGAAAGGAGGGAUCAAGCAGAGAUGGCUAUAUUAAAAUUAAAUGGGUACAAGAUGGACCACCUUGUUUUAAAAGUUGAGUGGACGAGGCAAAUGAGAAUAUUAAUUCUUGGACUCGAUAAUGCCGGAAAGACGACAAUCCUGAAGAAAUUGAAUGGUGAAGACAUAGACACUAUCUCACCUACGUUGGGAUUCAACAUUAAAACUUUGGAAUACAAAGGAUUUAAAUUGAAUGUUUGGGACGUUGGAGGGCAGCGAAGUUUGCGCUCUUACUGGAGAAAUUAUUUUGAACAAACUGACGGCUUGAUAUGGGUUGUAGACUCUACCGACAUUGACAGAAUGGAAGACUGCAAAAGAGAACUUGGAGUUCUCCUAGUAGAGGAGCGCUUAGCUGGGGCAUCUUUGCUUGUUUUGGCUAAUAAACAAGACAUAGCUUCCGCGGCAACCACUGAAGAAAUUGAGGAGCUGUUGAAUCUUCGAGGACUUAAGACACAUCACUGGAAAAUUUAUCCCAGCAGUGCAGUCACAGGUAAAAAUUUGGUCGAGUCUAUUGACUGGAUAUGUGGAGAUAUCGCUUCGCGCAUUUUUACGUCAGAUUAA